UUUCUGGAAACUCAUCAACAUGCGAAUAUAAAAAGUGUAAUUUUAGAUUCAUUAGGCAGUCUUCAUUAUCGGGUGUCUAUCUCAGUGUAAGUCCCAAGACGAUUGAUGUUGAAUAUCUUGGGUUUGUGUUAAGGUCUUCUUUCCCAAAAGGUUUCCAAAGUCAUGUUACAGUAAUCUUCAUCUCACUUGUAUCACUUGUAUUUCCUACUUGAUACGAACGGAUAUGAAUAUGCUGUUUGUUUGCCCCCAGGGUACCUCCACGUGGUGACGGUGGGAAACGACCGAUUCUUUUUUUCGGUCGGCUAAACCCCUGGGUGAAGGGUUUAGAGCCGUCAUGGCAGACAAACAGCAAAAAAUUACGAUGCAGGGAUUCGGAACCCCAGUAUCGGCGGCUGGUCAGGGUGAGCAAGCGGGCCCGCAGGCUUCGUCAUCGAGCGACCGCAGCUCUUUGUUAGUGGGAAACUUGGCUUUCGAAGAGUAUAAUACUACAAGAAUUUAUCACUUGAGGUCUGGUGACCAAGAAUGCCUUAUAGCAAAACGGGAUAGUUUUUGUUACAUUUGUGGCAAGUAUGAGACCCCAAAAAAUAGAAGAAAAAACAAUCAAAAUAUUAAAGAGCAGUACAAGAACAUGUUUGACUUAGACAUGAAAAUUGACGAAUUUGAUUGGGUUCCUAAAAUCAUAUGCGGAAUAUGCAGUAAAAUGCUACAGAAAGGCAAAAAUGGUAAAACUGAAGUAAAAAUGAAAGUGCCUACGAUAUGGAAGGAACCUUUAAGGAAAGAAGACUGUUAUUUUUGUAAUACGAAUUUGCAUGGAGUUAAUAGUAAAAUCAAGUCACACAUUAAUUACGCUAACGUUGAAAGUGUCACAAAACCUAUAUAUGAAUCGUCAAUUGAUAAAAGAGAAGAUCCACUGGGUACGUACGUAAGUGGAAGUAUGGAUCUUGAGGAAAAUUUAGAAAGACAUGAUAAAGAUGAAAUGAUAGAAGAAGAAAUAGAGGAAGGAGAUGUUAUUGCGGAAGAAGAAAAAUCGCCUGAUGAAGACAAUGAGGUUACUAGUACAAGUGAUACAAGUGACGAGGAAUACAUCCCCUAUAAUGCUAAGAAGGAGAAAGGUCCACUUACACAAGAAAAAGUGAAUGAACUCAUACGCGAUUUGGGCCUACCAAAGGAUGGGGCGGAGUACUUGGCUUCAUGGCUAAAAGAAUAUACUAAUGAAGCUGGAAAAAUUCAAGUUUCUUACUACCGAGACAGAGAUAAGAAAUAUCGUGAUUAUUUCGCUAAAGAUAAAGAAUUUUCCUUAGUUUACUGUAAACAUAUAGUUGGGUUGAUGAAUUGCUUUAAACAUGGGUGUUACAACCCCAACGAGUGGAGAUUGUUCAUCGAUUCGUAGACGAGAAAUAUAAAAGCCGUUCUGUUACACAAUACAAAUGUUUAUGCAGCCAUUCCCAUAGGAUAUUCGGUAAUACUGAAUGAAGAGUACUGUAAUAUGAAAGUAAUAUUAGACCGAAUAAAAUACAAUGAUCAUAAAUGGCAAAUGUGUGGGGAUUUUAAAAUCAUAACAAUACUUCUGGGGCAACAAUCGGGAUUCACAAAAUAUCCUUGCUAUUUAUGUGAAUGGGAUAGUAGGGAUAGAAAGAAUCAUUACAUAAAGAGUGUCUGGCCCCUUAGAAAAAAGUUCGAACCUGGUUCUAAGAAUAUAAAAGAAAAGCCACUUGUUGAUCCAUCAAAAAUUCUUAUACCAUCUCUGCACAUUAAAUUGGGACUUAUGAAACAAUGGGUAAAAUCUUUAGACAAAGAUGGUAGCUGCUUUAAGUAUCUGCGAAAUCAGUUUCCCAAAUUAAGUGAUGCUAAAGUAAAUGAAGGAAUUUUCGAUGGCCCUCAGAUUCAUAAGAUGAUAAAUGAUGAAAUUUUUGUUACGAAAAUGAAUCAUACAGAGAGAGAAGCAUGGUUAUGUUUAGAGGACGUAAUUAAAAAUUUUCUUGCAAAUCAUAAGAGCCCAAAUUACGAAAAAAUAGUUUUAAAUUUAGUAAAUAGUUACAAAAAUCAAGACUGUAAUAUAAGAGUAAGCUCAUUGUCAUGGAAAAUGUUUAAAAAUCAAAAGGAUGAUUUGUUCUUGAGAGCUAUGGGGUUGACGAUAUGGACAAAAAGAGAGCUUUCAAACAGAUGCUUAGAAUUAGGAAAAGUAUCGAAUACAAUUCCUGAGCUUUCUCCUGUUAAAACAGUCACUCCGAGGAAGCUAAAUCAUUUUUUAAGAAUUUACAGAGAUCAUCUUCUUAGUAGAAAUUACGAAGAGGACAGGAUUCGAUUCUACAUGAAAAAGUCUAGAAGGACAUUAUCGUACCAUAUACGUGACCUACGUAGAAAAUGUAUUAAAAGAGCUCGACAGCAAGCUCAAAGAUCAGCUAGAGAAGCUCGAAGAGCAGCUAGAGCAGUUAGAAGAAGAGAAAAUCAAAGAGAAAAUGCCAAUUAAAAUUAUGAUUUUAAGUUAAAUUUUUGACUAUUUUUAUAAAAUGUUAAUACGUAUUUAAAAAAAGUUAGUAAUUUUGUUUACGUAAACCUAAAGUACAAAUAUUAGCUAGAAAUCUGAAGUACAAAAUGUUUAAACAAUUAUAGUAAAUUUUUUAAGAAUUUGAAAAAUUGUGAUCAAUGUACUAAAAACCAGU